AUGCGCCAUCAUCAUAAACGUGGGUGGAAGGCAGCGUUUCAAUGUCCAGAAAACCUGGAAAUCGUCAUCGUCCAUAAGGUUUAUCAAAAACCUGAUUUUAAAUUGGGCGGAUGCUUUGGGGAUUCUUAUUGGUCGAAAACAACAAUAACCUCUUCAGUGACACAACGUUUUCAUCAUACAGGAAGAAUAUUUUUGCAUCUGGAGGUGUUAGAAUGCAAGGUCCUCAAUAGACUCAUGAGUUCUUAUUUUGCUAAUCAAUAUAUGCCAGACAUGAGGAAUGGGGGGGUUGUUCCAGAGGGACACCCCCACCAACAUUACGGAGCGGUUCCUCAAGGUGAAAGUGAUCAUAGUUGUAACGGUGGUGAAAUAAGGCAAGGCAUUCCUCCGCAUCAUUAUGGGGGACCGCCGACGGGCGGUCAACCCCCGCAGGGCAUGCCCUACCCGCGGUUUCCGCCGUACGAUCGAGUCGACAUUCGGGCCGCGGCUUAUUAUCAGCAACAGGAAUUGGGUGUCGAUAGCGUGGAUACAAACUCAUACGGUAGACCGAAUUCUCCCAGCAUCGGACACAUGGGAGGUCCACCGAACGGUCACCAAACUCCCGUAGUGUACAGCAGUUGCAAGUUACAGGCGGCGGGAGUGCAGCAAAACAUUGUUGCGGGACAGGUCACGCCUCCCCUCGACGUACCUCAACCUCUAAAUAAUCACAAUGCCAAUCACAUGAACCACCAACCGCAUCACCACUUGCAAAUGCAGCAUCAUAAUCACAUGAAGCAAGAGUAUCAACAACACGAACACAUGCUCUAUCAGCAGCAGCAACAGCAACAACAGCAGCCGGGUCCUCAACAUCAACUGGCUGCACAUCAACAGGGACCUGGACCCCAGGGUUCUCAGGGACCUCAAGGACAACAGUCCAAUAAUAAUUCUUCUAAUUUACCUAGUCCUUUAUAUCCAUGGAUGCGAAGCCACCCGAUGAGCCAUUGUCGCCUCAUAUCCAAAUUGAGUCGUCGGACUGGCCAAUAUAUUAUUAUGGUCAUUUGUUUUUCUCGAACAAGUUAA